GCAAGUUUCUGCGUUUGCUUUAUCAACAGAUGCAAAAGAAGACAUCACACAAGCUCAUUUCAAAAUGAAGGCUUUUAUCUGGACCCUAAUUGUGUUACUCUUCCUAUUAACGGGCACCGGGCACUGCAGAGGACAGUUCACAAUUAAAAAAGUAAGCCAGAGGAGGUACCCUCGUGCUACAGCUGGCAAAGAGGAGGUGAAGAAAUGCGCAUACACAUUCCUGGUCCCUGAACAGAAAAUAACAGGGCCAAUUUGUGUCAACACCAAAGGGCAAGAUGCAGGGAACAUUAAAGACAUGAUCACCAGGAUGGACCUUGAGAACCUGAAGGAUGUGCUGUCCAAGCAGAAGCGGGAGAUAGAUGUCCUGCAGCUGGUGGUGGACGUGGAUGGAAACAUUGUGAACGAGGUCAAGCUGCUGAGAAAAGAGAGCCGGAACAUGAACUCUCGAGUCACCCAACUCUACAUGCAACUGUUACAUGAGAUCAUCCGGAAGAGGGACAAUUCUCUCGAACUUUCCCAGUUGGAAAAUAAAAUCCUCAAUGUCACCACAGAAAUGUUGAGGAUGGCAACAAGGUAUAGGGAGCUAGAGGCGAAAUAUGCUUCCUUGACUGAUCUUGUCAAUAACCAGUCUGUGAUGAUCACAUUGUUGGAAGAACAGUGUUUGAGGAUAUUCUCCCGACAAGACCCCCAUGUGUCUCCUCCGCUUGUCCAGGUUGUGCCACGACACAUUCCUAGCAGUCACCAGUACACACCCGGGCUGCUGGCAGGUAAUGAGAUCCAGAGGGAUCCUGGUGAUCCCAGAGACUUAAUGCCUCCACCGGAUCUACCAACUUCCCCCACCAAAAGCCCUUUCAAGAUACCACCAGUAACUUUCAUCAAUGAAGGACCAUUCAAAGACUGUCAGCAUGCGAAAGAGGCUGGCUAUUCGACCAGUGGCAUUUAUAUGAUUAAACCUGAAAACAGCAACGGACCAAUGCAGUUAUGGUGUGAGAACAGUUUGGAUCCUGGGGGUUGGACUGUUAUUCAGAAGAGAAUAGACGGCUCUGUCAACUUCUUCAGAAACUGGGACAAUUACAAGAAAGGGUUUGGAAACAUUGACGGAGAAUACUGGCUUGGAUUGGAAAAUAUUUAUAUGCUUAGCAACCAAGAUAACUACAAGCUGCUGAUUGAAUUAGAAGACUGGAGUGAUAAAAAAGUCUAUGCAGAAUAUAGCAGCUUUCGCCUGGAACCUGAGAGUGAAUUCUAUAGACUGCGCCUGGGAACAUACCAGGGAAAUGCAGGGGACUCUCUGAUGUGGCACAAUGGCAAACAGUUCACCACACUGGACAGAGAUAAAGACAUGUAUGCAGGAAACUGUGCCCAUUUUCAUAAAGGAGGCUGGUGGUACAACGCCUGUGCACACUCGAACCUCAACGGAGUGUGGUACAGAGGAGGUCACUACAGAAGCAAGUACCAAGAUGGAAUCUUUUGGGCCGAAUACCGAGGCGGGUCAUACUCCUUGAGAGCAGUGCAGAUGAUGAUCAAGCCUAUUGACUGA